AUGCAGCGACUCUUUGUGUUGGUGCUCAUCUCCACACUGGCUCUGGCCGCCUUCUCAGAAGCAUCUUGGAAGCCCCUCUCCCAGCUGCAGAACACGCCCACGGGCCAGGAGCCCAGCAGGGGCCUGGAGCCUCCCCGGCCAGGCCAGCUGGGCCCCGUCUCUCACCCCCGAAGGCAGCUGGGGCUCCAGGGCCCCCCACAUCUCGUAGCAGACCUGUCCAAGAAGCAGGGGCCGUGGCUGGAGGAAGAAGAGGAGGCUUACGGAUGGAUGGACUUCGGUCGCCGCAGUGCUGAUGAAGGGGAUGAACGGCCCUAG